AUGGAUGAAGAGGGAAAUACAGUGAGCAAAAAAGAUUUUGCUUGGAAAUAUACAAUCGUGAAUCCAGAUGAAAACUUCUUUCGAUGUAAGUUUUGUAAUCAACGAUGUAGUGGCACCAUCAACAGACUGAAGCAACACUUAGCAGGCACCCAUAAAGGAAUAAAUCUUUGUCCUACAAUGCCAGAUGAAGUGGCCGAUGAAUGCAAGAAAGCAUUACUAAAGCUUCAAAAAGUUAAAACCUUGCGGAAUACUACUUUGCAAAAAAUGCGAUCCGUUGCAUCUGGAAGUGGUAUGGGCAAUGAAUAUGGUACUUCUCCAAGUAUGCCGAAUUCACAUCCAAAGGCAAGAGGUCCAAUUGAUGAUUAUGUUAGUGCACAAACAAGGCAAGCUACUUUAAACUCCAAAUGGAAAAAAGAAGAGAGGAAAGAAGUUUCACAACGAAUCGGUAGGUUCUUCUUUUCAAGUGGUAUACCUUUUAAUGUUGCAAAUGACCCAUAUUAUUUACCAAUGUUUGAAAGAGUUGCAAAUUAUGGACUGGGUUUUGUGCCUCCUUCCAUGCAUGAAUUGAGAACUUGGAUAUUAAAAUAUGAGGUUAAAAACAUUAAUAAGAUGUUAUAUGAACACAAGAAAUCUUGGAAGCAAUAUGGUUGUUCAAUUAUGUCUGAUAGUUGGACAGAUGGAAAAAGUAGAUGUUUUAUUAACUUUUUGAUUGAUAGUCUAGCCGGUACUUUCUUUUUGAGAUCUAUUGAUGCCUCUGACUCUAUUAAAAGUGGUGAAAUGCUUGCAUUGCAUUUAAAUAAAAUUAUCGAUGAAGUUGGAGAAGAAAAUGUUGUUCAAAUAAUUACUGAUAAUGGUUCUAAUUUUGUGAAUGUUGGAAACAGAAUAAUGGAAACUCGAUCUCAUAUUUAUUGGACUCCAUGUGCUGCACAUUGUAUUGAUCUCUUGUUAGAAGAUAUAGGAAAGUUGACACUUCAUCAAAAAAUACUUAAAAAGGCAAAAGAAGUGGUUAGAUUUAUUUAUGGGCAUACUUGGGUAUUAGAUUUGAUGAGGUCAUUUACAAAUAAUCAUGAGUUACUGCGUCCUGCUGUCACUCGCUUUGCUACAGCAUAUCUCACGCUUCAAAGCAUUCAAAACCAAAAACAAGCCCUUAGAUCUAUGUUUUCUUCUGAAGCUUGGAAUAAAUCUACUUGGGCUAAGAAACACGAGGGGGUGAAAACAAGAGCCACAAUUUUGUUUGAUCAGAACUUCUGGCUUUAUAUUGCUUAUUAUGUAAAGAGUGUUACACCUUUAGUGAGGGUUUUGAGAGAAGUAGAUUCAGAGGAAAAACCAUGCAUGGGAUAUAUGUAUGAUUUGAUGAACAGAUCUAAGGAAAAGAUAGCUAUAAAUUGUGGAUCCAACCAAAAAAAGUAUGGUCCCAUUUGGAAGAGAAUUGAUGAUAGAUGGAAUAACCAACUUCAUCGUCCACUUCAUGCUGCUGGAUACUAUUUGAAUCCUCGGUUGCGAUUUGAUGAAAGGUUUUCUAAUAAUUAUGAAAUCAAACAAGGUUUGUUCCAAUGUAUGGAAAGAAUGUUGGGUUAUGAAGAGAGAUUUAAAGUGGAUGUUCAGUUAGAUUCAUAUGACCACUUGAGAGGGGAUUUUGGAAGUCAGUUAGCUAUGGAUUCUAAGAAAGUACGAUCUCCGACAGAUUGGUGGAUACAUUUUGGAGGUAGAACUCCAGAGUUGACAAAAUUUGCGAUUCGUGUCUUGAGUCUCACAUGUAGCUCCUCGGGUUGUGAAAGAAAUUGGAGUACCUUCGAGUCGAUUCAUACCAAGAAGCGAAAUAGACUUGAGCAUCAUAGAUUAAAUUCUCUAGUUUAUGUCAGAUACAAUGCUAGAUUAAGAGAAAGGAGCAUCAAAAGAAAAAUGCAAAAUGUCGAUCCGAUUCUAGUUGAUGAAAUUGAUUCUGAUGAUGAAUGGAUAACUGAAAAAGAAGAUCCCGUGCUUCCUGAAGAUCCUUCUUGGCUUGAUGAAGAGAAUUUAUUUGAUGUUGAUGUCAUUAGAAUGGUACCACCUACUGCAUAUGAAAAUGACCUUACAUAUGAAUCUAUCAUUGAUGUUGGUAGUUUAAGAGAUACAAGUGAAUUAAGUCCAUCGAACAAAAAACAUAAGGCUUCAGGCAUGUAUAUGGAGGAGCAACAACUUUUGUACAACAUGGAAAACAAUGAUCCUAUUGGAAAUGCUAUCCUAGGGGAAGAUGUAGAUGAUACUGGUGAAGAUGAGGUACCUCUAGUACCUCAAGCUCAAAGAAGAGGCCACUAG